GAUCAGCCAAUCGCGCUAGUGCGAUCUAAAGUGACCUUCAACAACCAUCCGAGUGAAUCCUGGAGUAGAAGCCGUGGCAGCGACUACACAACCCAUCAUACGCAUCUGCAAAUCUCCAAUUCUGAUCGUGCAGUUCACGCCAAAUUCAGGCUCACAAUCAUCCACCCAAACCUCAAUUCUCAUCAAAAACAAAAAUAUGGUUCACAAAGUUCUCUUCUGGACUGGCUUUGGCCUUGCUGUCCGCGCUUGGCAACUCGGCCUUGAAAUGCGGCCUUUUUUCAGCAGACAAUCUCUCUGGGUCUACCCCGUUUUCGGCGGCGUCGGUGCUUCGUUUGGAUAUUGGAUGCAGGGAGUUGAGAGUCGGCAACAAGCUAUCCUUGGGGCUAGACGAACAGCUAUUUUGGAGAAGAGGGCGAGGAGGAAGGAGAGGGAGGAAGCUGUUGAGGAGUCAUAAGUUAUUUAUUGGAAGAGCGCUGGGAAUUUGAAAACCGGGAGGAUGGGUUCUGAACGAGCAGGGGAUGACAAGAAACCAAGAACAGAUAUGGAAAUUGUACACAUUUUUACGGGUAAUUGGUCAAUGAGAAAGAAAUUGCUCAAUAUCUCAUCAUAAAAACAAACAUUAGGGAACAAGUCUCAAUGUGGUGUGGAUAUUCAAAUGGAUUUAAAGGAAGUCUGGACAUUGUAUUUCA